CAAAACCUUUGCAGCAUUAAAGUGACCAAGACAACCAAGAUACUCCCCCCAAACUCCAAAGGCCCAAACCGAAAAAAAACAAAACCUCCCUAAAAUUCCUUCUUGAGAUCUAAAUGUCUGCCUUUCACCACCACCCAAACCACCAUAACACCACCACUGCGUACUGCUUCUGCCAAUCCCAACCAUCACCACCACCACUACCAUGUCACCCACCAUUAUUAUCACCUCCAACAACAACAACAACAACAACAACCACAACAACUGAUCCCUUUUUAAUUGCAUCCAUUGUUGCUCAACUUCUCAGUUCUCCAAACCCUCAAAAUCUCUACUCCCAACACAUUAAUCCCACCUCCAUUUCCCAAAAUCAAAGACACCCACAUCAACAAUCUCAACAAUUUCAUCCUCAUUCCCCUUUUUUCUCUCUCCUUCAACGCAUUGACGCCCUUGAAUCUUCUCUUCAACGCUUCUCAUCAUCUUCUUCUUCUUCUUCUCGCUCGUUUUCUUCUUUGAGAGAUGCUGCUGCAAGAACUAUUCAAGUGCAUUUCAGGGCUUAUCUUGUUUGUAGAUCAAGAACUCUUCGUCAGCUUAAACAACUUGCUUCCAUUAAAUCUGGUCUUGCUUCUAUUAAAUCCUCUCUUAAUUUUCAUGGGUUUGUUGACUUUGAUUCUCUCUCUCAUAACGCCAUGGAUUUGCUCCUUAAGCUUGACUCUAUUCAGAGUGGUGAUAAGAUGAUUAAGGAUAGUAAGAGAUCAGUUACUAGAGAAAUUGUUGAGUUUUUGGAAUUGGUUGAUGGGGCUUGUGUGAAGAGGCAGCAAGUUCUUCUAACCAGGAAAAUGAGGAGUAUGAGGUUGGUGAGGAAUGAUAAUAGAUCUGUUUAUGAGAGUAGGGGGUUUUCGGAGCGUAAUGCAGGAUCGAAAUGUCGAAAUGUGGACAGUAAAGAGAAGAAACUCAUUGCCAAUUUGAAGGAGAGAGUUGAGAAGAUUGGUAGGAUGUCAAAGUUGCUUGACGAGCAGGAGGUCUUUGGAGACGGCAAACUUAAAGGCUUUAAGCAUGUUGAUGAAGAAGAUGAUGACGAUGAUACUGUUGGUCAAGUUACUAGUAAUUAUAGAUUGAGAAAUGGGUUGAACAUGAAGAAAAAUGCGCAAAGCUCGAAUGCCAAAAAACGUGUUUGUUUUGUGCAAGAUGAGAACUUAUUUAGGGUUCAUAAUAAUGAUGGGAACUGUAGAAGUGCUUCACGGAUGGUUGAUGUGAUUGAAAAUUCUAGUAAGGAAACAGAUGACGAAGAAGAAGAAGCAGAAAGUGAUGGGGAAGGGUCCUCGCAGAGCAGUGAAGACUUGAGGAAACGUAGAAGUGAUGAAGUUAGUGCACGAUCAAAAUGUCGAAAUGUAGACAACGAGGAGAAGAAACUCAUUGCCAAUUUGAAGGAGAGAGUUGAAAAGAUUGGUAAGAUGUCAAAGGCGCUUGAGGAGCAAGAGGUCUUUGGAGACGAUGAAGUCAACGGAUUUAAGCUUGUUGAUGAUGAAGAUGAUGAUAUCACUGGUCAAAUCAAUAGCAAUUUUAGAUUGAGAAAUGGGUUAAACAUUAAGAAAAAUGGGCAAAGCUCGAAUGCUAAAAAGCGUGUUUGUUUUGUGGAGGAUGGGAAUGUAAUUAGGACUUAUGAUAAUGAUGGCAACUCUAGAAGUGCUUUGCGGGUGGUUGAUGUGAUCGAAGAUUCUAUUAAGGGAACACAUGAUGAAGAAGAACCACAAAGUGAUGGGGAAGGGUCUUCGUAUAGCACUGAAGACGUGAGGAAAUGUAGAAGGGAUGAAGUUAGUGAAGAGUAUGACAACAACCAAGAUGAGGAGUUCACGUUUUCUACUACAGCACCUGUGAAGAUGGAACCUAAAGCGGACUUCUUACAGAAGAAACCCGGUGUGAAAAUAGUUGGAUAAAGAGUAAGCUUUGUUCUUGAAAUUGUUUGUUACUUUGCAAUAAAGAGAUUAAUUAUUAUUGGUUUUUGGAAUUCUCAUGUACUUUGUGUAUUAAAUUAGAGUGGUAUUUUGCUUCUGAUAUGCGAUUGGUACCAUUUAUUCCACCCUGUAUUGAAAUUAUGGACAUGCGUGUAGCUGUUUGAUUUAAUGUGUAUAGGUUUUUAAUCUAA